CUGGGGGUUUGUGCUGGUGACUUGUUUGCUGCUGGGAGAUAUAGGGAGACCUUGUGCAGUGUGGUUUUGUGGUGGUUUUCUUUCUUUUUUUUGUUUUUUCUUACACAAAUACUGUUUACAGUAAGGGUUCGGCUGGUAGAGGAACGCUGUCUCUUGCUAGUCAGGCUCUGGCGAUGUCAGGGCCACCGGCAAAUAGUCCCCUUGGGGUGAGAAGAGCCCUUCAUGGCUCAUCUUGCCCACAAAUGUAUAGUCCACCCCAUCCGAUCCCUGAGCUGCAGUUACUAGAAAACAUGCUACGUGAAUUUCUCAAUCUUUUUUCUUUUUUAAGAAGCAAGCAAAGAAAAAUGGCUAUAUGCAGGUAGACCAAGCUUCAGAACAGACCGAAAAUGCAUUUCUGCCUCAGAAAAAAAAGGCAAGAGGGCUGACAAUGAAAGGGACAGUAGAGGUGGAAUUCUCUCUGUGGGGAGGAUCAGCUCCAAAAGUCAAAAUGAGGUCACCUGAAAAAGGAAUUUGUAAGAUGCCUUUGGGGAAAUAAUACCUAGGGAGGGAGAGCUAUCCACCUGAAGCCACCUGAAUAUGGCUUUUUCUACAAUAACAUUAGUAUUUAGUACUGUCAAUAGCAACCUAAUAAGAAAGCAGGAGGUCUGAUGUGAGUUCUGCCAGCAGAAAUGCUCCUGUUGUUGCAAGCCUCCAUCUCUUCCAGGCUAGUGCUGCCCUCGGUAGGGUUGGUUCAGUCCCUGGUGGCAAACUAGUGAGCUGUGACUGCUAACUAACUGGGUAAAUUUUUGCCAGAGCGCUGUUGCUAAUUGUCUGCUGUGUCUUCUGCUGUCUCUUAAUGUUUUCUGUUGAAGUGCUGGUAAACUGAGAGAAUAUAAAAGUGCUUUUUAAGGUUAUCUUGGGCACAUCAUCCCAGUCUUUUUUUUUUUUUUUUUCUAGAAAACUGAGAUAGUUUAUAUUGUGUGGUAGUAGGGUAAUGUGAUAUUUGACAGACAGUUAGGAAUACAGAAAAUUAGAAAGUAAUUUUCUAAGUUUACCUAAAUACCUAAAACCGUGGUAUGCAAGAAAUGAGACAAAUCAUUUCAUUGCUGUUUGAGGAACUGAGAAAGUGUCCAUCUGUUAGAAUGAUGUGGGGUUUUUGGUUUUAAUGUAUACAGUUCUUUGUGCUUUCUCAUAUGCAAAGAGAUCAGGUCAUACACCAAUACUCAAAUUUGCAAAGGAAGCAGCUCAUGUUUUUUUCUCAGAUGCAAAUCUGUAUAGAUAUUUUGACAUCUGUGACUCAGGGUCUUAAAAAGAUGAUUUGUAUUCUUCGUUUGGUUUUUACUUCAUGUGUUAGAGUUAAUUGCAGGAAACAGUAAAUCAUCAACUUUUUUUGCUUCUUUCCAAGUUACUUUGAUCAUGGUGAAUAAACAGAGGGUUGUUUUGUCUCUGUUUCAGUUUGUCAAAACAGAGGGUGGCCUGAAUGUUUUAACUGCUUCAUUACAAAUGAAAAUAAACUAAGAAUCUCCUGAACACUCUGGUUUCAGUUAGCAGGAGCUCUAAGAAGAGGAACCUUGUCCAUUCUGUCAGAUUAAGAUGAUUUUAAAGAGCUACGGGUUUUUUACUGACGAGAUUUAAUCCCAGAAUGUGUUUUUGUAGUUUGCAUUUUGUAAAACUACCCAAAACAUUUUUAAGUUAAAACAAAACCUUAGGUUCUUAACCUUUCAUCUGUAGAAAACAUUUUUUUAGCUAUAUGAGAAACUGAUGUAAUAUGUAAUAUUUUCCGGAAACUGCACCAGGUUUACUGGCUGAGACUACGUACAGCCUACAGAGGAAAGCAUGUGGAUUUGUCACUGUGAAAUUAAGACUACAGUGGAAAGUGAUUAUAUAUAAGAAGUAUGAUGUCUGUUUCUGUAGGUAGACUAUAAUACACCAAAUAGAUACUUACAUUAAUAGGAAUGCUGCUUUGAUCUCAUGGUAAGGGCAGUCAUUGCUGAGCUUUUGAGUGCGGCAUGGAUGCCUGUGUUAAUUUACAGUUACCGACUGCUUCCGAGAUGUACUGAGAUAACACGGUGCCUGAGAACUGACAUGUCCGGCCUCAUUUUUUCAUUCUCCUGUUAAACCAAUCUGUAAAGGACCCUACAGCCGUAGAAAGAGCAAAUUUACUGAACAUGGCUAAAUUGAGUAUCAAAGGACUCAUUGAAUCUGCUUUGAGCUUUGGCCGCACUCUGGAUUCUGACUACCCACCUUUGCAGCAGUUCUUUGUUGUCAUGGAGCACUGCCUGAAGCAUGGCCUUAAAGUAAGAAAAUCCUUUCUAAGUUACAAUAAAACCAUCUGGGGUCCUCUGGAACUUGUGGAGAAAUUAUAUCCAGAAGCUGAGGAAAUAGCGGCAAGCGUCAGAGAUUUGCCUGGCCUUAAAACGCCGCUGGGCCGUGCCCGGGCCUGGUUACGUUUAGCACUAAUGCAGAAGAAAAUGGCCGACUAUCUUCGCUGUUUAAUCAUUCAGAGAGAUCUUCUCAGUGAAUUUUAUGAGUAUCAUGCACUAAUGAUGGAGGAAGAAGGAGCGGUUAUUGUUGGGCUAUUAGUUGGGUUAAAUGUGAUAGACGCUAACCUGUGUGUGAAGGGAGAAGACUUAGAUUCACAAGUUGGGGUGAUCGAUUUCUCUAUGUAUUUAAAGAGUGAUGAUGACAUCGGGGGUAAGGAAAGAAAUGUACAGAUUGCUGCAAUUUUGGACCAAAAGAAUUAUGUUGAAGAACUGAACAGACAACUGAAUAGCACAGUUAGCAGUCUACAUGCAAGAGUUGAUUCGCUAGAGAAAUCAAACACUAAACUGAUCGAAGAGUUAGCGAUAGCCAAAAACAAUAUAAUUAAACUUCAGGAAGAAAACCAUCAAUUAAGGAGUGAAAAUACCCUUAUUUUAAUGAAAACACAGCAUCACCUGGAGGCAACUAAAGUGGAUGUUGAAGCAGAACUUCAGACAUACAAGCACUCCAGGCAGGGUUUAGAUGAAAUGUACAAUGAAGCACGUAGACAGCUUCGAGAAGAAUCACAACUUCGACAAGAUAUGGAGAAUGAGCUGGUGGUUCAAGUUAGUAUGAAACAUGAGAUAGAACUUGCCAUGAAGUUGCUGGAGAAGGACAUCCAUGAGAAGCAGGAUACCCUCAUAGGCCUUCGACAGCAGCUUGAUGAAGUUAAAGCAAUUAACAUGGAAAUGUACCAAAAGCUGCAGGUUUCUGAAGAUGCUAUGAAAGAAAAGAAUGAAAUAAUUGGUCGAUUAGAGGAUAAGACCAAUCAAAUUAAUGCAACUAUGAAACAACUAGAACAAAGAUUGCAGCAAGCAGAGAAGGCUCAAACGGAGGCUGAGGCUGAGGAUGAGAAACUUAAACAGGAAUAUGUGAAUAAAUCUGAAAGUCUGCAGAAAGAAUUCUCCCAGAAGGAGAAACAGCUGCUUCAGCUGGAAACAGAUUUGAAGAUAGAAAAAGAGUGGCGGCAAACCUUAGAGGAUGAUCUUCAAAAGGAGAAGGAAACUGUAUCUCAUCUGAGAAUAGAGACCCAAGAAAUAAUUAACCUCAAAAAAGAGUUCCUUAAACUUCAGGAAAAGAACAAGCAACUGAAAAGGGUAUGUCAAGACCAAGAAGCCGCUCUCCAAGAACUGGCGUCCAAGCUGAGCGAGUCAAAGCUGAAAAUAGAAGAUAUAAAAGAAGCAAACAAAGCCUUGCAGGGCCAGGUUUGGUUGAAGGACAAAGAGGCUACACAUUGCAAGUUAUGUGAAAAGGAAUUUUCUCUUUCCAAAAGGAAGCAUCAUUGUAGAAACUGUGGUGAGAUCUUCUGUAAUGCCUGUUCCGACAAUGAACUGCCUCUGCCUUCUUCACCAAAGCCUGUUCGGGUCUGUGAUUCCUGCCAUGCAAUACUUAUACAGAGGUGCUCUUCUAAUGUGCCAUAAGAUUAUUUUACAAGAUGUUUAUUACCUUUUGGUAUUUAGCUAAUCCUGUAAAGAAAGUGCAGCACUAUUUCCAGAAUUUCAGGUAAGCAGUCUAGAGUUGCGUUUUCAAGGUGUGGUGGAGGAGUUACUUGGCUGCUUCCUGUUGAAACAGAUAGAGAACACGGGACCCAAAGACAGAACAUGCACGUGUUAAGAAUACGGAUGACAGUACUCGUGUAACAAAUGGCUCCGAAGCUCUUUUGGAGAACGCAGGGCAGUUUAUGGAGGAGACUCAGUGUUACCCAGUAUUUGAUGAGUAACUUUGUCGUGAUGAUGAUCUUGAAAGAUGACGCACUUACCUGCUUCUACAGACUAGUCUGCAGCAAGUCCAACCUAAUUGUGCUGCAGAACGUGCCUGCGAUAUGCUGUUGUGAAGCAAACCUCUGUGGUAGCUAGUUUUAAAUUGUAUUUUAAAAAAGUAACGCAAUUAAUGCAGUGGUCCAGUAAGUUGUUGCCCAAUACCGUAUUUGUUUACUUCCCCUCAAUUAUGAAGAUUUGAUACGCCCAAGGAUAUUGCAGUGACAACUCUGUAGCCAGAGGCGUAAGGGGAGCUGUUGUCAGACAGGUAACAAACGGUGCCUCGAGGCACUGCGUGAAGGAAGGUGAAUUUUGCUGAAUGAUUUUUUUUUUUUAAUUAGCUAUUAAUUUGACAUAUCUGUGUUUCCCUUAAAAGGGAUGGCCAUCACAAAAUUUUUGCCUCACAUUGUCUGUAACCUUGAACAAGCGUCUGCAUUAUUUUUAUGGAAGUCCUGCUUUUGAGCUUGUAGGAGUAGUCACUGUACAGCUCUAGAAGCAGAGGGAGUCUGCCACCAAAAGAGACUAGGGUUAAAUACUGGGCACCGCGUCCCUCCUGUGUUGGACAGGAAGAUUCUUCCUUAUUUUGUUGUCAUCUUUCUCAGACUUUCAGAGUUGUUUCCUAAGCUUUUUUUUUUCCCCAAGCACUUUUGAGUACAUCUAGGUCUGACCACUCUUCGCACUGAUAUUCUGUGGUAACUCCUGAUGGAAUGUAAAUCCUUACUCUUCCCGUAGGCAAAUACAAAUACAUCCGUUGAUAAAUUGUCCUCGCUUCCAUGUCACUGCACCGGCACUGAUCUCCCCUCUUGUCUUUAGCUGCUCACACGAUGGGCUCCAGCCCUGCGAUCUCCACGUGCUGGUGGGCAGAGCUGUUGGCCUGGUGCUUUCUCCAGCCGGGGGCUUGGAAUGAGCUUCCUAACGGGAGAAGGGAGGCUUUGAAACUGGUCUUUUAAUUGUUCUUGCGCUUCGUUUAGCUUAGUGUUGUCCUUUGAGGGUAGGUGUUUAGUUCAUGUUCUAAAAGCUCAUAGAGCUGUUCUUUUGACCACCUCAGUGUAGUUGCUUAUGUAGCUUUUGUAAAGAGAAAUGUUUUUAAAAUCACCUGAUGUAACUUUUUUGUAAAAUACAAAACACAUCUUGUAAAUCUGUAAAUAGCUUUUGGAAAAAAAAUAAAUUUAAUUGAUCUGCAACUUA